UGUUUAUAGUAAUGUGUGGGUGAUAUUCACAAUGGAGCUCUUGAUUUCUAGUAAAGUCCGUUUCUUGUGGAAGGAUAGCAAUGUCUUUGGCAGGCAGAAAUUCUCCAAGAAUCACUUGUAUUUGAAUCGCGACACAGCCAAUUGCAGGAUUGCUGCUGUUGCUCCUCUCAAACUGGUGGAAUUUGCUGCCAAUCUUCCCUCUUUCAACAGUGAUGUGCUGUUCACAUCUCUGGGAGCUUCUGCUAGCAUCUUCAGUUCUUGUGCUCUGAUAACAUGGCUGCAAAGGUCUGAAUUUUUUCCUGCAGAGACACCAGUGGUUUUAAGCCAGGUGGCAUUUCGAGUUCUGAUUCCCUGCUACCUUAUGUCGAAGGUAUCUACAGUUCUUGCAAUGCACCAUACAGGAAUUAAUAUAGCUGCGAUCCCUUUGAUCGCAAUUGCCCAGAUUUCGGCUGGAGCUUUGCUUGGCAAACUUGCUUGCGCUACUUUGUAUCAUAUUCCAAACACCACCAGAAAACAAUUGUCAGCCAAAGUUCUAGCUAAAAAGGAAGCUCUCGUGACGAUUUCUUGUGCAUUUGGCAACACACUUUCACUUCCACUCGUUUUUAUCAGAGGAAUUCUGUCUCCUCGAGAUGCAAGCCUUGCAUCAGGCUAUCUCGCAUUGUUCAUUGUUGGAUGGUCUCCAUUUCUGUGGACUGUAGCGUAUCAAAUUCUAUCCUCUUCAGUCCAGAGCCAAGACAUUCCAGAGAAACAGAAACAUUUUGUGGACAGUAUUAUCAGGUGGUACAAACGUCUCUUGAAUCCUCCAUUAUUUGGAGUUCUACUAGGCACCGUACUUGGCCUCUCCCCUGUAUCAAAAUUCCUGACUCUUGACCACUCCUCUGAAAAUGUUCCGCUUGUCUGGAAAAUAUUUCAUCCAGUUUAUGAUGCAGGAUCAUUCCUGGGAUCAGCAGCACCAGCAAUCCAAGUUAUUGUCUUGGCUUGCUCAUUGGCCGGAGUUAUGAAGUCUCGGAGCGCAAAGUUACCUCAUUUCUGGGGACCGAGGAAGAUCAAGUCGCUUGCUCCUGCACUGGCAGUGAUGGAUUCCAGUGUAUCUAGUAGCAGCCAUGAAUCAACACCAACUUUGAUCGGACGCAAAGAACUUGUGGCAAUCUGUUUCGUGAGAUGGCUGAUGCUUCCACUUUUCUUCUCUACAGCUCUAUCAAUUGCGGAGAGGAUGAAGAUCUUGACGAUGGAUCCCAUAUGCAAGAUCACUCUACUGGUCCUUUCUUCAAUGCCAUCAGCACAGAACUUAGUUGUUCUUGCCCAGCUGCGUCCCUCCACAAGGCCACUUGCAAAAGAGUUGGCAGAACUGUUGCUGUUUCAGUAUAUUGGAGCCCUGGUACCAAUCACACUCUGGCUCGCAGUCUUCAUGUCAAUGGUAUCUAGCUGAUUGGGUAUCAAUCUUUCAAAAUGUAUAAAGUCUUAAGCUUUUUUAAAGAGAGUACAAAUCGCAGAAUUUCAAAAUUUA